CGAACCUAUGAUUGUAUCUUUUCUGCAAAUAAUAAAUCUAAUAACAUAAACAUGAACAUUUGCUACUAAUAGCUGAAACCCAAGUUCAAAUAAAUGACUUGAUAUUUAAGUAAAGGAUUACGUACAUAAGUUAUCCUUGGGCAAUGCAUGCUAAGGCGAACACGUAUAUACAUAUACUAUGUCAAGUUAUUAUGAAGUGCUGCAUUCAUACAGGAAUGUAAAUUAUUAUCACGUGACCAUCCGAGUUAAAUAGACUGAAACGGAAAAGUGGUUUUCCAGUGUUAAAUCAACUAAGGAAUUUAGUGCAACGUUAACUUGAAAAGACAUCAAUGAUCUAAAAUAGUUAAUGAUUUUUUAUAUAAAAUAAAAAUACUUUUACAAAAUAUGCAAACGACAGUCAAUCUUCCUACAGGACAAUACAUGCCCAUUGUUGGAUAUGGAACUUGGCAGGCAGCUCCUGAAGAACUAGAAGUUGCUAUUAAUACUGCUUUAGAAGCUGGAUAUAGACACAUUGAUACAUCACCAGUCUAUAUGAAUGAAUAUGUAAUUGGAAAUGUUUUGAAGAAAUGGCUCGAUUCAGGCAAAAUAAAAAGAGAUGAUCUAUUCAUUGUAACAAAAUUACCACCAAGCGGAAAUAGACCUGCAGGAGUAGAAAAGCAUUUGAAAAAAUCUCUCAGAAACUUACAAAUAAACUAUUUAGAUCUUUAUUUAAUCCAUACUCCCUUUGCAUUUAUUGAUGUGGAAAAUAACUUUCAACCAAAAGAUGAGAAUGGUCAUUUAUUAAUUGACUCGAGUACUGAUCAUUUAGCUGUGUGGAGAGAAAUGGAAAGAAUGGUUAUAAAUGGAUUAACCAAGGCAAUUGGAAUAUCUAACUUUAAUUUGAAACAAAUUGAAAAUAUAGUUAAUAUAGCGAAAAUUCCAAUCUCAAUGUUACAAAUUGAAUUGCAUUUGUAUUUUCAACAACAAGAAACGGUGCAAUAUUGUAAAAAUAAAGGAAUUCCUAUAACUGCCUAUUCACCUCUGGGAUCAAGAGGUUUAGUAAAACUUUUAUGUAAAUCUGACACUCUUCCAAAUUUAUUAGAAAAUCCAACUGUAUUAAAAUUAUCUAAAAAAUAUAAUAAAACUCCAGCACAAAUUGCAUUAAAAUAUAUUAUUGAAAAAAGUAUUGCUGUGAUUCCAAAAAGUAUAAAUCAGCAACGUAUUAAAGAUAACAUUCGAUUAUUUGAUUGGAAGCUUGAUAGUGAAGAUGUACUAGCCUUAAGUAAGUUGGAUCAAGGACCUAAAGGACGUAUUUGUGAUUUUGAAUUUCUAUGUGGAGUAAAAAAUCACCCAGAAUUUCCAUUCUAAUAUGUCGUAAAUAU